CUCCGAGCAGGAAUCGGACGAGACUUGGGCUCAAGCGCAUCUUUUCCUCAGAGCAUAUCAUGAUGCUUGACGUUUCAGUGAUGAAGACCAACGCGUUGUUUCUCAUGCUGGCAGUUGUCUGCAGCCACUUGGCUCCGACGGACACGCAGUCUAUCGAUUUGGCUAGUUGUCCUAUUAACAUUUUUGGGAAAAUGCAAGAUGGUUCAUUAAACAUAACCCAGGCCAACGACUUCACUCAAUUCUGCUUUAUGACUGGUCCAACAAACCCAGAGUGCAUCGAAAUCUCCGGUGCGGAUGCGUUCACCGUUGCGACCGAGUCGGGGAAUGUCCCCAGUGAUCUCCAAAUAUCAGUCCAGACAGCGCUGCCUCAGCUCGCCAGCAGCAGCCCGCCCUGCUUUUGGAAAAUCACUUUCUCCACCGACAGCCAACUGAACAUGACCGUUAUGUUUCUGAGCUUUGGAUCCCAAACGGCCUUGAGCGUGCAGCUGAUGUCGUACGGGCAACCAAAUGUCGUGGUCCGGUCAUCACUUGAUGCUAUCGGCGGUUUCAACACCACCUUCACCCAAGCGGAGGGAGAGGCAACCAAGUACUUGGACCUCAGCGGCUGCAGGAUAAUGGGACAGGUGGUUUUUCCGGCUUCAGAUAGGAUCAUCUCAGAAAACUGUUCCGACCACACGUGCAGCGCUCAGGGUGAAAUCAUGACUGUGCCCGCUUGUGGAUCCAAGGAGACUUGCGCUGCCGAUAACACGUGCCAGCCUAUGUACCGCGUGUGCACGGUGAGCGGCGGUCAAGUGAUCCAGUUCUUCGGCCAAGUGUCGUCCAUUACGGACCGCUGCAUGUACAGCCUGCUGGAGCCGGCCACUGGGAGCGACUUUGUACUGCUGGCGACUUUCAAAGAUCGCCGCAGUCAGACCAAGACUUUCUUGGAGCGUCUGGAUCUGGUGUUGUCGUCAUCCAAUGCUACCAUUUCUCUUGAGACGAGCGGCAAAGUUCAGGUCAACGGCGAAAUCCAAAUGCUGGAGAGCAUGCCCACCGACGUCCAGGGGGUGCAACUCUCCAGGAGCGAGGCUGGGGUCACUUUGGAGAUUCCCAGCGGCAACAUCUCGCCCGUCAAUAUUUCCAUUUUCUUUGACGGCUCGACUGCGUACAUUACAGUGCCUGACGGCGGGACUCUGAUGGGUUUAUGUGGAAACCCAAGCGAUCCCACAUAUUCCGCAACUCCCACCUCGGAUAGCCGAAGCGAACCCGGAUGUGAAACGAUGCCCCAAGCGAACGAUUUAAUGGUGGACAGCACAUUGGGAUUCCAACGUUGCGCCCUGCUGGAGGCGGAGCCUUUCACCCCCUGCCACUCCAAAGUGCCGGUGGCGCCGCACGUGCAGACGUGCAACGCCACGCUGAGUGACUACCCCAUGAAGGACAAUCUCAAUUGCCAGUUCUUCGAGGCGUACGCACGCGUCUGCAAGCAGCAGUACGACAUUGACCUGGGAGACUGGAGGGGUUCCGUGGGCUGCCCUUCUACCAAUCAGGCGUACUGUCAGAACCACAAUUGCAGCGCCAACGAGUUCUGCGGCGAUUCCCCCCUGAAAAGAACCGCCUGCCUCUGCCGAGCCAUCUAUGCCUCAGAGUACAAGUCGAGAGACGCUUAUGGUGACCCUCCCGUCUGCCAAGAGGGCAGAGGAUCCAUCUCGCUGAUUGGCUGCCUGCUCGAGGACAAUGGCAUCGACUACACCACCUUGCAUCUGAACAACGAGAACUGCACAGGUCAAAGGGACAGCGAGACACACUUGGUGACCUUCAGUUUUGACUCGAGCAACACGUGUGGGACGGAAACCGAGAGGAACAACAGCUUUGUGGUUUUGAAAAACAGAAUUUUACUGGGUCACCCUGUGACCGAUUCCAUUAUCACGCGCACCGGCAUGCUGGAGGUGGACUUCACCUGUACGUACAAGCAGCCAGAAACCAAAGACUUGUCCUUACAUGUCACAAGCGGCGCCGUGAUGCGUCAUCUGACAUCGCAGAACCAGAACUACACGUUGGUGCUGGAAGCGUUCGCAGACAGUGGGCUCACGCAACCGCUGGAUCCCGACACAGACUUAGAGCUCAACCAGCAGAUUUGGAUCGACCUCAAGGCAGACGGGCUGAAUGGAAGUCUGGUGAAACUAGUGACCGAUUCCUGCUGGGUGACACAACAACCGAUGCCCAACGACACUGCCAGAUACGACCUCAUCAUUGACGGCUGUCCGAACCCCAAAGACGACACGGUGGAGAUAAAUAGCAACGGAGAGGGGAACGAGAGCUCCUUCACGUUCCGAAUGUUCCAAUUUGUGGACAGCUUGGGUUUCUACCUGCAUUGCAAUGAGAAACUGUGCGCAAUGCCGAUCUGCAAACCGGACUGCAGCCAGCGCCGACGCCGCAGAGCCUUGAAGAACUCCUAUGAAAACGUUGCCGGUGACUUAAUCUCAAUGGAGUGGAGGCAAUAGAUACAUGCUGGAGAACGGCUCUCAUUGGCAAUUUCUUUGCAAAUUUGUCAUAUGUGAAGAGAUGAAACCGUUGUUUGAGGGGAAAACACUUUGACACUAAUAGCAAACAGGCAUUAAUAGUAUAUUUUGUAUUCUCGGGUGAUCAAGGGUCCGUCCGUCUUCAAGUUACUAAACAUGCUUUGAUGGCCCCACACCCUGAGAUGUUACAAAUGACCUGGAGUGGCUUUGGGGAUUAGGGACAAAAUAUUUACCACUAAAAAUGGAUGGCUCAAUUGACAUAAAGACAUUCAUAAUACUUAUUGUAAUAAAAGGAUAUGGUGAUUGAAACGUGGUUUCCUUCUG